AUGGCAAGGCGGAAAAUCACGUUGGAGGAGGUCGAACGCGACGAAGCACGCGCUGCGUCACUAUCGCAGCACAGGUCCAAAAAAAGACGCACCGUCCCCGACGAGGAGGAGGAGAUUGAGAUCGUGGGGAACGCGACAAGGGCGCCACUGGUGGACUCCAACGGGAGUGGUGGCGGUGGCGCUGGAGAGACGGGCUUAGCGAUGAGACACGAUCUGAACUUGAGUGAAGCGGAUAAACAACACGAGAUCAACCAAGUCGUCAAACUUGUGCUCCAGAAGGAUCUCCGCGGGAGCUUUUUCCGGCGAGAGUAUAUCAAUAGCAGUCUCAGCAAUAAGCGGCUCCGGAAUGAGGUGUUGGUGAGUGAGGCGUGCAAGGUGUUGCAGGAGGUGUAUGGGUUGACCUUGGUUGAGACCCCGGGCAUCAAAGUCAAGCUGGACAACGCCACAGCUAAUAGUGGUGGUGGUGGCAGUGGGAGACGAGCCGCGAGUGCCUCGGCUGCGUCAAAGAAGAAACACCUUGCUCUCGUGAGCAACCUCCUGAAAGAGGCACGCGCGGUCUUGGGGGAGUUGUGGUCACGACAGGUGGAUUCCGCGGUGGACAAACGCAAGAUGAACGAGGCCGGUUUUUUCAUCCCGCGGUACCAUCGGAACAGGAGCUUGCCUGACUCGCUGCACCACUUGGUCAAGACGGGCGUGCUCUUGCUCGUGAUUACAUUGAUCAUCCUCAACGAAAACCACAUCUCGGAACACCAGCUCGUGCGCAACUUGAGAAAAUUUGGCAUCUCCAGCGGCAUCGAUGACAAGAACUCGAAUUACAGCUUGACGGUCUCGGAGUUGCUCAAGGAGUUUGUCCAGCGGGAAAACUUGCUCCGCAAGGAGUUGGGAGGAGGUGAGAAACCGAGCAAUGAAAAGGACAAGAUGUACGAGUAUUCCGUGGGGAGGAGGACGUUGGUGGAGUUUACCCCGCAGAGCAUCUACGAUUACAUCUCGGUGAUUUACGGCGACUCUUUUACUGAUACUAUUGCUGAGCUGACUAUCGUGACUAUCCAGCGUGCCUAUGGGACUACACUUGCGCAAUUUGGCGAUGAUGCUGCUACCGCCAACAACUCGUUGGAGGAUAACAGCCCCGGUGCUGCUGUUUCCAGCGGGUCCGACUCCGAGAUUGAGCUAGUAUCUUGA